CAACAACAGUGUAGUCAACAGCGGAGCUCUUUUUGCAAUAUUAAAGUUAUUUUCCCAACGGAGCCAGCACAAUUACAAUCUUCUCGGUGUAAGAAGAAAAUUAAAAAGAAGGAGGAGAGCAAGGUUUUUGGCCAUGGCGUUUUGUGGAGCAGUGUUAGCAACGUCAGUACAGAGAAACGUGUGGGUGCAGAGUCGCAGCCAGGAGUGGUGGGAUACUGAUGUGAGUGGCUUCACAAAUACAGAUUUCAUCAGUAACUUUCGAAUGACCAGAUCCACCUUCGAUUAUGUUUGUGAGCGCCUACGAUUAACUCUGUCACAGGAAGAGACAUGUCUGCGGCGGCCCAUAACAGUGCAGAAACGCGUUGGAGUUGGAGUGUAUUGGCUAGCAACAGGUGCGUGCUAUCGUACGAUAGCUAACUUGUUCGGCAUAGCCAAGUCUACAGUCUGCUCCAUUGUACACGAGUUCUGCGAAGCAGUUCGCCGUGUCCUCAUGCCCCAUUACAUAAAACUGCCCAAAGGGGAUGCCCUGCAAGAGGUCAUUGAAGGCUUCCAGCAGAGAUGGGGUUUCCCGCAGUGUGGAGGAGCUAUUGAUGGGAGUCAUAUCCCCAUCAUCGCUCCAGAGGAUAACCACGCAGAGUAUUUCAACCGCAAAGGGUGGCACUCAGUUCUGCUCCAGGGUGUCGUGGAUCAUAGGUUUUGCUUCACCAACAUCUAUGCUGGAUGGCCAGGGAGUGUUCAUGAUGCGAGGGUACUCCGGAAUUCCCAUGUGUACUCACUCGCAGAGAGAGGGGAGCUUUUUCCACCAGUGAGUAAUCUAGUAAUAGUGAUUUAUAACGUAUACAAUGUCUUUAAUUAUUAG